AACAACCCGAUCAUGCCGAAUGAACCGCUCGAUUUACUGCUUACUCGGAUCCAGGCCUUGCCGUUGGCCGGUUUUCGAGUCCCAUUCGAUCUUUCGAACACUGCCUGGAAUUGCAGGACUGGCUUGUCUAUUCCAAGCCGUUUGCCAUUUCCGGACCCUCAUUUCUCUCUCUCUAUUAAGGCGUCAAUGCCCUCUCGCUAUUUCCCCCAAAAGAAAACCUAGCAAAUCUCUCUCUCUUCAAAACCCCUCUUUCCUUGGUGCUCUUGCUCAAGGAGUUGAGAAGCAUCGUUGUGAUGCCUUGCGAGCAGGCGCUGGUAGAAGAGGAUGAUGAGUAUGUCACCCUCGACAAAAUCCUCAUUAACCUGCAAAAUCCGUCUUCUUUCACUCUAUGUCUCUGGGUUUACUUCCUUCCCCCGGCUCCACUCUCCUCCAUUGUCAUCCGCCAGAUUCAUCCAGACAUUGAAUUUGAUGUUCCAUUCCUCGUCUUGAAUUCUGAGAAGAAGCUUUCCCUUUUGCCUAUGUUGUUUCUUCAUAAUGAAGCGCUCAAUCCAGAGGCUACUUCUUGGGAUGAUAGACCAUGUGCUUCUGCUGAAGUAGCUUGCCCUCUUGAGAAAUGGGUUCAUAUUGGAUGCGAGGUUUCAAGAGAUGCAAUUCGUCUUCACAUUGAUGGGGUGAUGGUUGGAGAGAAGUUUCUCUCUUGUUCAAUGGAAAACAAUAUUGAUCAGAACAAAUUGAGUGGAAUUACCUUAUCUGGUAUUAAUGGAGGUGACAACAAACUACAGGGCUAUGCCCACUAUGUUAAAGUCAUUGCCGCACCUUCUGUUACAAACCACUUUGUUAAGCAGAACCCACCAGUGGAAUUAGCACUUGAUGGUUCAUCCUGUAUGUCAGAAAAUCAUGAGGUUGAAGAGAGCAGGGAUGGUGUUUGGAGUGUCGUUGGUGGCAAGGCAUCUUGCCGCAGAAACUUUGCACUUGAUGUCAUCUUACUAGAUGCCCUUGGACGCUCUGUUCACAAGGAUAUGGAGCUCUGUGCUUUACUUGUUUAUGCGGAUAACGGAAUGCUCGUUGAGAGAUCAAAAGGUGAUCCUGAAGCUCCACUUUUGACAACCUUUGAUGGUGUUGAGUUUCCUUCGGCUGAUAGACCUAUAAAACUUCUUCAUGGUCGUGCCUCAUUUAAGCUGAAAAUUUCUCAGCUUUCUUCCAAAUGUGAUAAUAGGCUCUUCCGAGUUCGUUUUGUCUCACUAAGCACACCAAGAUACCCUUUUCUGGAAGUACAUUCGCGCCCAAUACGUUGUAUCUCAAGAAAUCGUACUAUUCGAUUGUCGAGUGUAUCUAAAAAGCAUAACCCGAAGGCAAUGAAUCAACUUGAUACUGCCCAAUCACCAGGAGGCAAUGAUGAUCUCUUAGAGCCCGAUCAGAAUCUUGGAUCCAAGCUUAGUCCUCCUCUAAAGCGUGUCAAAAGUGGACAUAAACUUUCGAUCAAGUACGGCACUGAUUUUGCAUCAGACAAUUCCUGUGAUGGAAACAGGUCUCACACAUUGACUACUACAGAUGAUGGGAAUGUACUUAGAGGUAAUUUUGAGGAAAAAACAAGAAACCACUAUGGAGAUACAGGUGAUAUUGAGUCCGACUCUGAGAGUGAUGAUGACCGAAAUCAUGGCUUGAGGAGUGCAGACUCAGGGAGUCCAUUGUCAGAUAUGGCAGUUUUCAGAUAUUGUUUAGAAGGCAUGGCUGAGCGUCGUGCAUAUCUAAAAGAGGCUAUCUCUUCUAUGAGCGACCGGAAUUUGGCAGAUUUUGCUGCCCAUGUUUCAGAGAACACUGGAUGUUAUCAUAAUGGGUAUCAAAUACUUAUAGCAAAGCGACUAAUCCAAGAAGGGACACAAACUUGGAACCUGCUUUCAGGGAACAAUCACCAUGUUCUUUGGAUAAAUGCAAUUCCAGAAAUUGAACGGCAAUUUAUGAAGAUUUCACAGUCAACUAGCAGGAGUCUAUCUGGCCUGGACAAAGAGUUCUUACGAAGAAUAGCAGGAGGAUGUGACAUAUUGGUGCAUGAAAAUUUUGAAAAAUUGUGGCAGUGGCUAUACCCUGUGGCUUUGGCUAUAUCCAAGCAACCUGUAAAGGCAGCUUGGGAAUCCACAUCACCAAAGUGGAUUGAAGGUUUGAUUACACAGGAAGAGGCUGAAGCUUUUAUUAGGGGCCCACAUGGGCUCCAAAAGAUGGGAACUUUCAUUCUCCGGUUUCCAACUUCAAGGAACUGGCCUCACCCAGAUGCUGGGAGUUUGGUUGUUAGUUAUGUUGGUGCUGAUAAUGCUCUUCAUCAUAAGCUGCUUUCUCUUGAUGAUAGAGGAACAAAUGGAAAGUCACUGCCAGAGUUGCUACUGGCUGAACCUGAGCUCUCUCAAUUAUGCAGGGUUGGGAGAAACUUGGCUGAGACUGUGGAGGAUGAGAUCUAGUUACCAUUCUCUUGCACAAUCCAUAAUUGGGCAUGGGGUAUUCCUAUAGUUAUUCUUGUUCACCAUGUACAGUCAUUGUUUUGAUGUUUUGAUUAUGCAUGUCAAGGAAAUGCCACAUGCUCCAUUUAUCGACAAAGAUGAAGACUGCCUUCACAUUAACAUGUUGAUGAGUUAAGGAUGAGAUUUUGCUUCCAUUCGACGAAGUUUUGUGGCACAUGGAUGAUGACAUUGGGGUGGCAUUCUUACAUUCCAUUGUUGUUGAGUAUGAUAGCGUAGCCUCUCUCUCUUUCUCUCUCUGGUGCAUGGGUGAUGAUUUUUAAAUAUUCUUCUGUUAUCGGGUCAGAUAAUAACGCAUCUCUCUCUCUCAUGCACGGAUGAUGAUUUUUUCAUAUUCUUCUGUUGUGUCAGA